AUGGGAAUUGCAAACAAGAUGAGAAUCCAUGGUUACAAGCUCAAUGAUGUGGCCAUUAUUAAAAAGAUCCUGAGAUCUAUGGCUCCCAAGUUCGAUUAUGUUGUGUGCUCUAUUGAAGAUUCAAGAGGAAGAGGUCGAGGAAACAGAGAUGAAGAUGGAGGUCGAGGCAACAAAGAUGAAGGCAGAUCAUCUCAUAAUUACAAGAGGAAUGAUGACCAUUCCCAAAACAGAGGUAGAGGACAAGGUGACAAGUCCAAAAUUGAGUGUUAUAGGUGUGGCAACCUUGGGCACUAUCGAAAUGAGUGCUACACGAAGCUGCCCAAAGAAAAAGAAAAUGGAGAAAUAUCAAACUUUGCUGAAAAGAAGGAAGAAGAAACACUUUUGAUGGCUUUCCAUGCCAAGGAGGAACCUGAGUUGGAUGUACGGACUAAAAAUGACUUUGUUGAGACAAUUUUAAAUGUGUUUUAUGUUCCUGAUUUGAAGUCUAACCUAUUGAGUGCUGGCCAAUUACAAGAUAAGGGUUAUGUUAUAACAAUCCAAGAAGAUGUGUGUGAAAUAUAUGAUCCAGCAAGGGGUGCCAUUGUCGUUGUUCAAAUGACAACAAACAGAUUGUUUCCGCUGAAGAUAAAGACAUUUCAGGCUUGUGUAAUGGCUAAGGAAGAUGACUCGUCAUGGUUGUGGCAUUUUAGAUAUGGUCACUUGAAUUUCAAUGGAUUGAGGACACUUCAUCAGAAGCAAAUGGUGACUAGCCUUCCCAUGAUCACACCACCAUCCAAAAUUUGUGAAGAUUGCAUUGUUGGCAAGCAAUACUGA